AUGGAAAAGGAUUGGAAGCAGCAGCUCAAUAUACCCAAGAAAGAUACAAGGCCGCAAACAGACGAUGUGCUCAACACAAAGGGAAAUACUUUCGAGGAUUUCUACCUGAAGAGGGAGUUGUUGAUGGGCAUUUUCGAAGCUGGAUUUGAGAAGCCUUCACCCAUUCAGGAAGAGGCGAUACCAUUAGCCAUUGCAGGGAGAGAUAUUCUUGCAAGAGCAAAGAACGGUACUGGUAAGACAGCCGCAUUUGUGAUUCCCACGCUGGAGAAGGUGAAGCCCAAGGUUAACAAAAUUCAAGCGCUGAUCAUGGUGCCAACCAGAGAGCUGGCACUACAAACUUCGCAGGUAGUCAGAACGCUUGGGAAGCACUGCGGUGUGUCCUGCAUGGUUACCACAGGUGGGACCAAUCUAAGGGACGACAUCAUGAGAUUGAAUGAGCCAGUUCACGUGCUUGUCGGCACGCCUGGCCGUGUUCUCGAUUUAGCCUCGAGAAAAGUGGCCGACCUAAGCGAGUGCCCUCUUUUUGUAAUGGACGAGGCUGAUAAAAUGUUAUCAAGAGAUUUCAAGUCUAUCAUUGAGCAAAUCUUGACCUUCUUACCUAAGCAUCAUCAAUCUUUGCUGUUCAGUGCAACUUUCCCACUCACUGUAAAGGAGUUCAUGGUAGAGCAUCUGCACAAGCCUUAUGAGAUUAAUUUGAUGGAUGAACUGACGUUAAAGGGUAUUACCCAAUAUUACGCAUUUGUUGAGGAAAGGCAAAAACUUCAUUGUUUAAACACAUUAUUCUCCAAGCUACAAAUAAACCAGGCAAUCAUCUUCUGUAACUCUACUAACCGUGUCGAAUUGCUGGCGAAAAAAAUUACUGAUUUAGGUUAUUCCUGUUACUACUCACAUGCAAGAAUGAAACAGCAAGAAAGAAAUAAGGUUUUCCACGAAUUCCGUCAAGGUAAAGUUCGUACCCUUGUCUGUUCAGAUCUUUUGACUCGUGGUAUCGAUAUUCAAGCUGUUAAUGUUGUGAUCAACUUUGAUUUCCCAAAAACUGCUGAAACUUAUUUACACCGUAUUGGUAGAUCUGGAAGAUUUGGUCACUUGGGUUUAGCCAUUAACUUGAUCAACUGGAACGAUCGCUUCAACCUUUAUAAAAUUGAACAAGAGUUAGGUACUGAGAUCGCUGCCAUUCCUGCCCAAAUCGACAAAUCUUUGUAUGUCGCCGAAGAUAGCUCGGCAGUCCCUGUUCCUUUCCCACUAGUUCUACCAAAUACUGCUCCGAAUGCUCCAAAUGAGCAAUUGCCACCACAACAAACUCAACCUCAGUUUCAUGCUCCUAAUCAACUACUCCCCCCUCAAGCUCAACCUCCACAAGCCCAUCCACAAUUUCAGGCGCCACAUAUUCAACCACACUUCCCACCACAGCAGUUUCAGCAAGCAUAUCCUCCCGGUUAUCCACCAACCAUGUCAGCUGUACCACCGCAGCAACAUGUCUCUCAACAGCCAUACUGA